AUGUCUCUGCUCACUGAUGAAUUCGUGGCGGCUUUGACCCACAAAGGCGCAGAACUGCCCGGCUUUCGAUGGUACCUAUCGGCAAUCGUAUGCCUGGGAGCACUUAACUAUCCAGAAGAGAUACCACAUGUAUAUGAGCAACUGCUCUCACAGCAUCUGCCUGAAACCGACCAUUCCAAAGCUUCCCAAGCACUCCGCGAAGCGCUCACGAAAGCUUCGGGGAUCGUGGGAGCUUGCCGGACUGGCAAUGCAAUACGAGCUCUAGCCACAGCCACCCCAAAACACCUCAAAGACACCCGUUUCCACCGAGCCAACGACACGGAUGCCAUCACCGUCGAGCGAGGCCGAGCGCUGCACCAGAAGAUCUACGGCGGCAAUCCACUCUUCGACCCGUCCAAGACCGUCGAUGCUUCGCCAGACUACACAUACGUCGUCCGCGAGCUGUUCUACGGCAAGAUCUUCUCUUUCCCGGAUAUCCUGGAGUACCGCGAGACGGGCCAGACCAUUGUCGCCGCGCUGAUCGGGAUGGACUGUCAAGUGCAGGUGCGGAAUCAGAUGAUUGGGAUGCUGAUGAAUGGGGUUGAUCGGCGGGAGGUGGAAGCCAACAGGGAGAUCUGUCUAGCCAUUGCAUUGGAGUUGGGGGUGCGGUUCAAGACGGCGCCGAUUGAUGUACCCAGUGUCCCGUCGUGA